UUUUUAGCAGUGCUCUUUUGGAGCCAUCGCUAACAGAAAUUUUUUUAAAUUUUCACUUUAGUAGUAGAAUCUUUAGUUAAGGAAACGAUACUAUUAAAAUGGCUAAGAAGGAAAAGGUUAGUAAAUCAGAGGAAUCAGAAGACAACUACGAAAAGAGGUUGUCUGCCGUUUUACCUUUCGCUAAACCAUUAGCUCCAAAGAAAUUAAAUAAAAAAGUUUUAAAGACUGUCAAAAAAGCAUCAAAGGCUAAACAUGUCAAGAGAGGUGUUAAAGAAGUUGUCAAAGCUUUAAGAAAGGGAGAAAAGGGUUUAGUGAUCAUUGCCGGUGAUAUUUCUCCAGCUGAUGUCAUCUCCCAUAUUCCAGUUUUAUGUGAAGAUACCGCUGUUCCAUACGUUUUCAUUCCAUCUAAAGAAGAUUUAGGAUCUGCAGGUGCUACUAAGAGACCAACUUCAUGUGUUAUGAUUGUUCCAGGUGGAGGAAAGUCUAAAAAGAAUGCUGACAAAACUGAAGAAUACAGAGAAGCUUACGAUGAAGUUGUCAAGGAAAUACCAGCUUUAGAUUAAAUCUAGCUUUGAAAUUGAAUAUAAUCUCAAGCGUCGUUGGUAUUUAAAUAUCUUCUCUUAUGAUAGUCAAAUAAUGGUGGGAGGCAUAAAGCCAAUAAUUGAUGAUGUUAAUCGUUACUGGUGUUUCUUCAUAAAUAUCUCAGUCGUAACUUUUUCAUACACUUACGACAAAUUACAAACUUUUUCUUAUACAUGUAUUU